AUUAUAAGAAGUCUUUCUAGUUGAAGGCGGCUAAAAUGCUUAGCCUUUGGUGAGGCAGAGGCAGAGGACGGGACGGUGGUGAUGACGAAUCACUCAACGACUAAUAAAUUAAACUAUCCAAUACUGAUUACUGUCACACGCAAGCGGCUUAAAAUUACCGUUUCCAACUGUGUGCUGUACAGUCGAGUCCAUAGUACUUAUGCUGUUCCCCACUCCCAUCCUUUGGUAUUUAAUGCAUACUCUUGAACCUGACCGCAUCCAGGCCGUUGAAUGUCCCAAACAGACAGAAUAGGAAACUGGGUUGUUUCAGGCAUUUUGUUCAGAGUAUGAAGAUCCUAAAAUGAUUCAUUAGUGGCAGAUCCCAAUGUUGUGUACGGACGGCUUAUGAGAAAAUAUCCAGUCUUUAGACUUUUGGGUCCUUGGCUUUCCGUUAUCCUACUUACGUCAGCAGCUGCUGCUGCUGCUGAUGAGUCUCUUUCUCUUUCUCUUUCUCUUUCCCUGUGUCGGCCACUGAAAGCGAGAUUCUGUAUACAACGGGUCAUUAUAGAGUAGAAUCGAGAAUCUAGCUUGACAACCUCUCUCUCUCUCUCUCUCUCUAUCUUCAUAUCUGUCUCCCAAUCGCUUCUAAUGGAUACCAGGAAGACCGGGUUCUCCGACUCCAACGACAUCGUAAGCAAUAGCAGUAGCAUAUGUUGCGUAGGCCAGACGUCGUCGCCGUCUGAGCCUUUCUCGCUUCCUAGUAGUAAUAGUGAUGUCUCCGCUCUCAGUCGUCUUUCAGAUAACUUGGAGUCGAUGUUCGUCGGGUCAAACGACUUUGACUUCUUCGCCGACGCCAAGCUCGUGGUGAGCACCGGCCAGGAGGUUGCGGUCCACCGCUGCGUUCUCUCAGCGAGAAGUCCUUUCUUCAGGAAUGCCUUCUCUGGCUCCAGAGACGGGGAGGCUCGGUUCCAAUUGAAGGAAUUGGCUAAGGACUACGACGUCGGGUUCGAGGCUGUGGUUGCGGUUUUACAUUAUCUGUAUAGCGGGAAGGUGAGGUCGUUUCCGGAAGGGGUUUGUGUUUGCGUCGACGAAGAUUGCACGCAUAUGGCGUGUCGUCCUACUGUGGAUUUCAUGGUGGAGGUCCUUUAUGCUUCCUUCACGUUUCAAGUCUUUGAAUUGGUGGCUCUUUAUCAGAGUCGCCUUUCAGAAAUCCUUGACAAAAUUGCAAUUGAUGACAUGUUGGUAGUUCUGUCUGUUGUAAAUAUGUGUGGGAAAGCAUGUGAGAGACUGCUUGGGCGGUGCAUUGAGAUCAUUGUUAAAUCUGAUGUCGAUGUUGUUACUUUUGAUAGAGCCUUGCCCCAUGACAUUGUCAAACAAAUCAUGGAUUCGCGCUUCAAUCUCGGUUUCAACAAUUCUGAAAGCCACAGCUUUCCGGAGAAACAUAUAAAGAGAAUCCAUAGAGCUCUAGAUUCAGACGAUGUUGAAUUGGUCAGAAUGUUGCUCAAAGAGGCUCAUACUAGUCUUGAUGAUGCCUAUGCACUCCAUUAUGCAGUGGCAUACUGCGAUGCAAAGACCACGACGGAGUUGCUUGAUCUUGGACUUGCCGAUGUUAAUUGUAGAAAUCUGAGGGGUUACACUGUUUUGCAUGUUGCGGCAUUGCGUAGAGAGCCUAAGAUUAUAGUCUCCCUUUUGACAAAGGGAGCUCGACCAUCAGAUCUUACAUUGGAUGGUAGAAAAGCACUUCAGAUCACAAAGCGUCUUACAAGGGCUGCAGAUUACUUCAAGUCUAAGGAAGGGGGGAAAACCUCUCAUAAUAACAAGUUAUGCAUAGAGAUAUUAGAGCAAGCUGAAAGAAGGGAUCCGUUGGUAGGAGAAGCAUCUCUUUCUCUUGCUACGGCUGGUGAUGAUCUGCGGAUGAAACUGUUGUACCUUGAAAAUAGAGUUGGAUUGGCAAAACUUCUAUUCCCCAUGGAAGCCAAGGUUGUAAUGGAUAUUGCUCAAAUUGAUGGCACCUCUGAGUUCCCCUUAAUCGCGAUCAACUCAAGGACUUUGACUGGCACCCAGAGGACUACUGUAGACUUAAAUGAGGCUCCUUUCAAGAUUCAAGAGGAGCAUCUGAUCAGGCUGAGAGCGCUCUCUAGAACUGUGGAACUUGGGAAACGGUUCUUUCCUCGUUGCUCAGAAGUAUUGAAUACGAUCAUGGAUGCUGAUGAUUUAUCGCAGUUGGCAUACCUUGGGAAUGACACUCCCGAAGAACGUCUUGUAAAGAAACAGAGGUACAUGGAACUCCAAGAAGAUCUAAAUAAGGCGUUCAAGGAGGACAAAGAGGAAUUUGACCGCUCUGCAAUAUCAUCUUCUUCAUCUUCCACAUCAGUAGGAGUGGUGAAGCCUAAUGGUAAGCUCACCCUCAACUAGUAGAAAAACUCAAAAAUAUAAGAUGCAAAAAAUGUAUUGAUUGGUGUUGUAUCAUAUCCAUUUUUGUCUUUUUAAGGUGUUGUAUCAUAUCCACUUUAUUCCCAUCUUUUCUUUAAUUUGUGCUGAUAAUUUUUGUUCCUCCG